CUUUGCGCUCUUGCCUCUUCACGAUGCGCGGAAUGUACAAACACGCCUCGGUGGCUUUGUUCGCAAAGCUGGCUACUGGACACAUCAUCUCUCAUCAGGCGUCCAUCGAUUAUGCAGGCGCUCCACCCAAUCUCUCGACAUUGGCCAAUUUCUCUCUGUUUCAAACAUGGCGUCCGAGAUCGCACGUGCUCCCUGCCUUUGGGCAAAUUGGUGACCCGUGCAUGCAUUACACAGACCCACAGACAGGCUUGUUUCACGUUGGAUACCUAUACAAUGGCACGGGGGCUUCCGGUGCGACGACCGAGGACUUCGUCACUUACACCGACCUAAACAACAAGUCGGCAAACUUCAUCGUCGCAGGCGGCAAGAACGAUCCAGUAGCAGUAUUCGAUGGCUCCGUGAUCGAACGCGGGAUCAACGGAACUCCAACAUUACUUUACACCAGCGUCAGCUAUCUGCCUAUCCAAUGGACUGUUGCCUACGUUAAGGGCAGUGAGACGCAGUCACUGGCGAUCGCGAGGGACGAUGGCCGCAACUUUACAAAAUUGGAGCAUGGCCCGGUUAUUCCGAGUCCACCGUUCGCGGUGAAUGUCACUGGGUUCCGCGAUCCAUUCGUGUUCCAGAACCCUCAGGUUGACAGCCUCCUAAAGAAGACCAAUGGUACCGAAUACACGAUCAUCUCUGGAGGUACGCACGGCGGUGGACCAAGUCUUUUCUUGUACGCCCACUAUGGCGACGAAUCCGACAACUUCAAGACUUGGGAGUACAUUGGCGAGUGGUGGCAUGAGAAGGCGAACACGACCUGGACCGAAGCUGGUUGGGCCGGACGCUGGGGCUUCAAUUUCGAGGUCGGCAACUACUUCGCCCUGGACAAGGAUGGUUACAAUCCUCAAGGCGAGAUUUUCACCACCGUAGGCGCAGAGUGGAGCUUUGAUCCUAUCGUACCGCAAGUGUCUGACAACCGAGAGAUGCUUUGGGCUGCAGGCAAACAGUCGAUUGUAAACGGUUCCAUCAAGUUCGAGCCAACCAUGGCAGGAAGCUUGGACGCUGGACGGUCUGCAUAUGCUGCUGCGGGCAAAGCUGUUGCAUCGUCCUCACGAGCCAGCCAGAAGAGCGGUGCACCAGACCGGUUUCUGACGUACCUUUGGCUGACGGGAGACUUUUACGGGACUUUGAACACACCAAAGGCACAGCAGAACUGGACCGGCUCACUCCUUCUUCCCAGGGAGCUGCGUGUAGGCUGCCUUAAUGUCAUCGAUAACGAGCUUGCGCGAGAGAGGGGUGCAUGGAGGAUCGAUGCUGAGCACGACAAUGGCACAGUGACACUCGCCACGCUACACCAGAAGAUCGCCCGCGAGCCCUUGGCCGCUUUCAAGUCGAACGCCAACGCUGUCAUCACGCAGGCUGGAGGCCUCCGAUCGUCCGGUGCGACGUUUGACCGCAGUCCAAGCAGCAAGCACUACGUCCUGUCGGCCUCGAUCACUUUCCCUUCGCGUUCUAAUUGUACCAUGGCUGGGCUUGAGAUACUGUCCGGUGACCUCGAGACAACGCGCAUUUACUACCAAUUCUCGAACGAGAGUCUAAUCGUUGAUCGAUCCAGAUCAUCGGCAGCCGUAGCGACCAACGACUGGGUUAUGACUGAGACCGAAAGUGGAAAGUUGCGCUUGUUCGAUGUGCCCGGCGUGAUUGGCACAAAAGUCGAGACCUUGGAUCUUACGAUCGUUGUUGAUGGUGGUAUCGUGGAGGUACAUGUGAAUGAUCGGUUUGCGCUGAGUACCUGGAUCUGGAGCUGGUAUGAAGACAGCAAGAAUAUCCGCUUUAUUGCAGAAGGUAGCGAGGUCGAAUUCGGGAAUGUGACGAUCUGGGAGGGCCUGAUCGAUGCCUGGCCGGAGCGCAGCACAUGAGAUGUUCCCAAAUGGGUACGCCAAACCAAAAGUUUUGUCAAUUUUAAUACGAUUAUGUCCCUGGUGAUGCUGUACCGC